CCAAGUCCAAACGGCCACUCGGCGGCAUCAGCUUCGCCCAGCAGCAGUUUCGAUCGGAACCGGUGCUACCACAGAAUCUAGCCUCGGAUGACGAAAGCUCUCGCAAAAAUGGAACCACGUCAAAGGGAACCAAGAAAAGUGAAUACGAAGAAAAAAUUCGAGUAGGGCGUGACUACCAAGCAGUAUGUCCAGAAAUCAUCCCUGCACCGGAACGUAAACCAGAACAAAUGGGAGAUCGGGCUCUGCUCGUCUGGUCACCGACUAAGGAAAUUCCGGAUGCCAAAUUGGAAGAGUACAUAGCAGUAGCCAAAGAAAAGUACGGAUACAACGGUGAGCAGGCGCUUGGUAUGUUGUUUUGGCAUAAACAUGAUUUAGAACGAGCCGUGUUGGAUUUGGCCAAUUUCACCCCUUUCCCGGACGAGUGGACCGUUGAGGACAAAGUGCUUUUCGAGCAAGCAUUUCAGUUCCAUGGUAAAAGUUUUCACCGAAUCCGACAGAUGCUACCGGACAAAUCGAUUGCCAGUCUGGUUAAGUUCUACUACUCUUGGAAGAAAACCCGCAGCCGAACCAGCGUAAUGGAUAGGCAGGAAAAGAUGAAAAAGAACGACAGCUCCGAGAAUGGUAGCGAUCACGGUAGCAACGAGGACUCGGACAACGACGAGAAGCCAUCCACAAGUGCCAGUGGCCCAAAUCCGAUAGCUACAAAUCAAGGCAAUGCUAAUCCAUCGACACAUUCUACCGCUACCAAUAAUGGGGCGAACCUAGCCCAACAAGUCAAUACGAAUGGAAUAGGCCAGAACGAAACUGGCGAUGUCAUUGGUGGUCCCAGUGAAAGUGAAUCUGGAGCCACUGCUGCUGCCACCAGUUCUGGAGCGCUGACCAACGGCGGAACGAUGGCCUCGGCAUCGCUUAACUGUACCGGAUGUGGCGUUACCUGCAGCGAGUUGAACUCAACACCGCUGGGUAAAUUGUGCGGCAGUUGCUACCAUCACUGGAGACGUACGGGUGUAUUGCGUCCUACUUCCGGUCCGAGUUUCAUGAACAAACGUGCUCGCAACGCGUCUCUUUUGGGCAAAUCCGGGGACAGUCACAAGCGAAGACCUCCGCGGGGUAUGUACAUUAACCACGACGACAUUGUAAAGUUGGCCAAUUCAGCCCAGAAUACUUCGACAACCACCGGUGGCACCGGUGUGAGCAACAGCAUCGGUGUCGGUAUCAAUGUCAGUCCCGUGACGGAUGCUUCCGCUCCCAAUGAUGAUUUGCUGGCUGGGAUGGAUAGGGAAAUUGUAUCGCUCUGGAGUCAAAUUCAACUUAACAAGCAAUGUGUGAGUGGCUUGAAGCGCAAGAUUGAACAACAAUCGACUAUUAUCGAUCGAGCCACAGAACCGCUUAUGGCGCGAGUCAACACUCGUUGGAACAAUGAGGAGCUUAUGCUUGCAGUCCAAGGUGUUCGAAAGUACGGGCGCGAUUUUCAGGCUAUAGCCGAUACUAUCGGUACCAAAUCCGAAACCCAACUACGCACGUUCUUUGUCAACUACCGACGUAAGUACAACCUGGACAAUGUUUUGAAAGAGUACGAAGAAGAGCAGAAAUUGCUGCAAGAACAGUUGAGCAACAAUAACAACAACAUCACCAACAGUAAUUCUAAAAAUGGCAAGGGAGAAGACUCGAUUACAUCAGUUAGCGAGCUGGACAGUGUCGAUGCUAGUUCCCAUAUUGGGGACAAAUCAGAACUCUUAGAAGAACACCGGAAGUCGAAUGCCAAGAAAAACAUCAGCUGUGAAAGUGAUGUCAUGGAGAUUGAACUGGUAGAUGAUGAGCUAGUGAACGGAAAGAAGUCCGACUUGGGGGAUGUCUUAGAUGGUUCAGCCAACACUGUAACCGGUUCCAGUGUUGCAUCUACUUCUUCCCUUCCGACUGGUUCGGUAACGGCUACCUCAGCAACCGGAAUGCCUGCCUCUAGUGCUGCCGGAACGGACGGUGGAACACCGAUGGAAGUUGACGAACACUCGACCAGCUCAAGUGCGAAACUGUCCGAUUCCAGCAGCAACAGUACGAUUAUCAUCAAGUAAUUUUAUUCCCUGACUAUUCAAGUUUUGCUUUAUGUAUCCGUCUGUGUAACAACACUAGAAUUUUUUUCCCGGUACCAAUCAGUGAUGAAUUCACCACACACUGGUUCGUGAGCACCGAUUUGUCUCUUAGUUGAUAGACGUCGUAUUAUUUCCAACAUUCAUAGGAAAAUUUUUGACCACCGAAUGCUAGCGUUUUAUCCGAAAAAGUAAGGUCGAAAAUUGUUUCCACUACAAGCUGCCUUUACAUUUCACAACUUAGUUUUUACAACUAUCACAAUAUCACAUUACCAAAAUAUUUAAAUUAUUUUAGAUUCUUGUCAUACAUUUUGUUUUUCACUUCCAUGAAUUCAAACUAUUAUUUAACCCCAGACAGAGAGAGCAGGGUACAUUGAUGCAGAGAAUUUUGUUAGAAACUCAAAACAAAAAUUAGCUAGGAGAAACGGAGAAAAAUAAACAGAACUAACAUAGGAAACCUGAAAAGUUCAGUCGUUCAAAAUGCUGGCUAUACUUAAAUACACAUAUGAAAAUAAAAUUCUCAAACAAUAUAAGCUUACAGAGGGCCCUUAACAAUUGCAGGUUACAUCAAUAGCGAAAAACAGAAAUCCAUAUACCGCAAAACGGUUGUUUUAUCGAUUUAGUAAAACAGCAAAUGAUGAAAAACAAUAAAACACAAAAUAUGGUUACAAAACAAAAGUUACAGAAAAAAAACGGAAACAUGUUUUUGCGCUACUUUCACGCAUGGUGAAAUAUUAUUAUAUUGACACUUCGAAAGAUGAUUAUUUAAUAACGACUAUUAUUAUUACUAAAGUAUAGUAGGACCACGUCAUUUGAAAUUGGAAACACAAAUUCUUUGAACUGGAAAAAAAGAAACAAAAAUACCAUCAAAAAAAUCUUGAUAUCGCAAUCUUUGAGUUAAUACAUAGACGAUUUAAAUCUUCAGAA